CCCAGUGGCGGAAGGAGCAUGGCGUGGAGACAGCUGAAAAAGCAGGUCCAGGAUGCUGUCGUCAUUCUGGGAGGUGGAGGACUUCUCUUCACUUCCUACCUGACAGCCAUGGGAGAUGAACAUUUCUAUGCUGAACACUUGAUGCCAGCUCUGCAGAGGCUGCUGGACCCCGAGGCAGCCCACAGGCUGGCCAUCCGUUUCACCUCCCUGGGGCUCCUUCCUCGUGCCACGUUUCAAGACUCUGCCAUGCUGGAAGUGAGAGUCCUGGGCCAUAAAUUCCGAAAUCCAGUUGGAAUUGCUGCAGGAUUUGACAAGCACGGGGAAGCUGUGGACGGACUUUACAAGAUGGGCUUUGGUUUUGUAGAGAUCGGCAGUGUUACUCCAAAACCUCAGGAAGGAAACCCCAGACCCAGAGUCUUCCGCCUCCCGGAGGACCAAGCUGUCAUUAACAGAUAUGGAUUUAACAGUCACGGACUCUCGGUGGUGGAAAACAGGUUGCGGGCCAGACAGGAGAAGCAGGCCAGGCUCACAGAAGGGGGGCUUCCACUGGGAAUAAACCUGGGGAAGAAUAAGACCUCGGUGGACGCUGCUAUGGACUACGCGGAGGGGGUUCGAGUCUUGGGCCCCUUGGCUGACUACCUGGUAGUGAACGUGUCCAGUCCCAACACCGCCGGGCUGCGGAGCCUUCAGGGAAAGGCUGAGCUGCGCCACCUGCUGACCAAGGUGCUGCAGGAGAGGGAUGCCCUGCAGGGAGCACGCAAACCGGCCGUGCUGGUGAAGAUCGCCCCCGACCUCACAGCCCAGGACAAGGAGGACAUCGCCAGUGUGGUGAGAGAGCUGGGCAUCGAUGGACUGAUCGUCACCAACACCACAGUGAGCCGCCCUGCCGGUCUCCAGGGUGCCCUGCGCUCUGAAACAGGAGGGCUGAGUGGGCAGCCCCUCCGGGAUUUAUCAACUCAGACCAUCCGGGAGAUGUAUGCACUCACCAAAGGCAGAGUCCCCAUCAUUGGUGUUGGUGGUGUCAGCAGUGGGCAGGAUGCCCUGGAGAAGAUCCGGGCAGGCGCCUCCCUGGUGCAGCUGUACACGGCCCUCACCUAUCACGGGCCGCCCGUGGUGGGCAGGGUCAAGCGGGAGCUGGAGGCCCUUUUGAAGGAGCAGGGUUUUACCAGAGUCACAGAUGCCGUUGGAGCAGAUCAUCGGAGCCCUGUCCUAAUCAGCAGUGUGAUGAGCGAGCCCUCCGUGACGGUUGUGCUACACGGCUUACACCAGGAGCCUCCUUGAAGUUUACAGAAAAUUGCACCCGAUAUCUUCUUUGCCCCUCGACAGCCUUGUGAGGUGGAUGAAGCAGUGAUCAUGGUUCUCAUUUUACAGGUGAGAAAGCUGAAAUGCCUGCUCCAAGGGGUCAUGGGAAAGGUGCGGGGAGGACAGACUCUCCUAGCAUCAGCCCUAGCAUUUGUUCUGCUCGCCCCGGCAGUGUCCCGGUACACUCCCGACGCCGUCACAGCGGAAGGUGCCUGUAUGCAGUGGACUCACGCUACACCUCCUGCCAUGUCGUUAUCUCAAGUGGGUGAUGGCAUCUGUGGAUCCUUGCUGCCGUGCUGCAUCCUGGGUAAUGGGGGAGGACCCCCUGGAGAAGCUGAGGGCCAAGAUGCAAUCCUCUCUCCACACCCACAUGCUCUGGGACCCACCCUGGCUGACUGUGGGGAUCCACCCCACUCCAGACCCUCUGACCCGCAUGACUCUAGAGUGCUCUUGGGAACAUCAUUCCCUUUCUCCAUGAGGCAGCCAACUUCACAUGACAGACUGUGGGAGAGCCAGCCCAAGUGGAGAAUAACUCUUGUCUACUUUCUAUUACAAGAAAUUUAGACGCAGAGAAACGCUGAAAGAAUAGAAUAAUAAAUACCCAUACCCUUCCACUUAGGCUCAGUAAUUCUUGCUAUCUUUUUCAUGUUUUCUCUGUUGACAUUCUCACCUAUUGGUAUAUUGUGUUUUGACGCACCAUUUUGAAGGAAGCGUCAGACAAGCCAUGCUAACUUCGUGUAGCAUGACAUAGACGUCAGACGUUUCAUUCCUACGUACUUCGUAGCCUGCAUCUUCUAAAAAUAAGGACAUGCUCCUGUGAAGCUGUAAUUCUAAGAUCACAUCUAAGGACAUUAUCCAGGAUUCUCAAAUAUCCUCUGAAUGCAGUCCAUAUUCCAAUUUUUUGUAUUGUCUUCAAAAUACCUUCCAUAGUCAAUCAAAGCUCACCUAUGUGUUUCUUUAGUCUUUUUAAAUCUAGAGCAGUCACCUCUGAAGAGAUCAGAUUAGUUGUUUUGCAAACAAUUCCACAUUCUACAUUUAUUCCCAAAAUAAAGGUUUCAUUUCCUUUAGCCUUUGAGCUCUAUUUCAUAUGGGUGUGAAUAUAUGACCAAAUCCUACUGAAAGAGAUAAAAGUGGAAGUAUUGUGUGCAACUUCUGGGAAGUCUUCUACUGCCUGGAACAUGCGUAUGAUGGCUGGAGCUCUGGCAGCCACCUUCUACAUGAGCAUCAGGGUCACCUCAGAGGCAAAAGCUGGAAAGGGCUUCAUAGAACUUCCAACACCAGCUCUGUCUGCUUAUUCCCCACCUCUUUGUAGAAAAUAAAACCUUAUAUGCUUAA